AAACCCGCCCACUUGGGGCCACCGACCCCACCCCCUGCUUUGAAAUAUAAAGGAGGCCGGAGCUGUGCAGAGAGAUUGGCGCUGAAGUCCAGCAAGAGCUGAGCCAACGGAAAAUCCUCUCCAGGAGGGAAGGAAAGCAAGGAGUGGUGAAUACAAGGGACACCGAGGAAAUGAUGAACACAAUGAACACGGAGCUGUUGUGUGUACUGCUGCUUUGUGGAGCAGUCUUCACGUUGCCCAGGCAGGAAACCUACAGGCGAUGGACAAGGGGAGCCAGACCAUACAGAGGACCAGAAAUGCGUCAUGUCAGUGUGGUAUUACACAGGUGGCUCAAAAACUCUGUGACCUGCAGAGAUGAAAAAACCCAGAUGAUAUACCGGCAACACGAGUCGUGGCUGCGCCCCAUGCUCAGGAGCAACCGGGUAGAACACUGCUGGUGCGACAGCGGCCGGGCCCAGUGCCACUCCGUGCCCAUCAGAAGUUGCAGUGAACCGAGGUGCUUCAAUGGGGGCACAUGCUGGCAGGCUGUAUAUUUCUCAGAUUUUGUCUGUCAGUGCCCUGAAGGAUACACGGGGAAACUCUGUGAAGUAGAUGCCAGUGCCACCUGCUACAAGGACCAGGGUGUCACCUACAGGGGCACGUGGAGCACAACGGAAAGUGGGGCUGAGUGUGUCAACUGGAACAGCAGCAUUCUGGUCCGGAAGCUCUACAAUGCGCAGAGGCCAGAUGCCAUCAAGCUGGGCCUCGGGAACCACAAUUACUGCAGAAACCCGGAUGGAGACUCAAAACCUUGGUGCUAUAUCUUCAAGGCAGGGAAGUACAGCUCGGAGUUCUGUAGCACGCCUGUCUGCUCCCAGGAAAAAAAUGGGGACUGCUACUUUGGAAAAGGGUUAACGUACCGUGGUACCCGCAGCCUCACCACGUCUGGUGCCUCCUGCCUCCCGUGGAAUUCCAAGGCCUUGAUAGGCAAGAUUUAUACGGCAUGGAAGACCAACGCCCAGACACUGGGCCUGGGCAAACACAACUACUGCCGGAAUCCAGAUGGGGAUGCCAAGCCUUGGUGCCAUGUGCAGAAGGACGGCGAGUUGAAGUGGGAAUACUGUGACAUUCCCCAGUGCUCCACCUGUGGCCUGAGACAGUACAAGCGGCCACAGUUUCGCAUUAAAGGAGGACUCUAUGCGGACAUCACCUCUCAUCCGUGGCAGGCUGCCCUCUUUGUCCAGAGCAGGAGGUCGCCAGAAGAAAGGUUCUUAUGUGGGGGAAUAUUGAUCGGUUCCUGCUGGGUCCUGUCUGCUGCCCACUGCAUCCAGGGCAGGUAUCCUCCCCACCAGCUUAGGGUGGUUUUGGGCAGAACAUACCGGGUGGAACCUGGAAGGGAAGAGCAGAAAUUUGAAGUAGAAAAAUACAUCGUCCAUAAGGAAUUUGAUGACGACACUUACGACAAUGACAUUGCACUGCUGCAGCUGAAAUCGGACUCGCUACAGUGUGCCCAAGAGAGUGACAGCGUCCGCGCCGUCUGUCUCCCGGAAGCCGACCUGCAGCUGCCCGACUGGACAGAGUGUGAGCUGUCUGGCUAUGGCAAGCAUGAUGCGUUUUCUCCUUUCUAUUCUGAGCGGCUGAAGGAAGCGCAUGUCAGGCUGUACCCCUCCAGCCGCUGCGCGCCCCAGUAUGUGUCCAACAAAACCAUCACCAACAACAUGCUGUGUGCUGGAGACACGCGCAGUGGAGGGAACCAAGCGAACCUGCACGAUGCCUGCCAGGGUGACUCCGGAGGCCCCUUGGUGUGUAUGAAGGACAACCACAUGACUCUGGUUGGCAUCAUCAGUUGGGGUGUUGGCUGUGGGAAUAAAGACGUUCCAGGUGUAUACACCAAGGUCACUAAUUACCUAGACUGGAUUCAUGACAAUAUGCGCCCAUGACCAAGAACACGCAGCUCCCUGAAAUCAUCAGACUUUGCCUCCCUCCAUGUCAGAAGACACACCAAGGCAGAAAGCUUCUUGACAGAUUUCUCCACGAGCCUGCACACAGUACUAGUGAGGGAGAACCCAUAGGAGGGGGGAAAGGAUGCAUUUUCAUAGGUACUUCCCACUUCGGAAGUUUUCAGGGGUUAAGGUCUGAUUUAGAAUGCAUUUCUGUCAGACAAAAAGACAGAUAAAUGCCAACCCCUCCCAGAACACCACCAUCUAGGGCAGACAAGAGGUUGAACAAAAGCCUAACCUCCUAAUCUGUCAACGUGAGCAGCUUUGGAAAUGGGACCACAAAAAUGAAAGUUUGUUUCUAGUAAAAACUAGCUAGAUCCUUCAGGAAAGAAGUAUUGCAUUAGAAAUAGAAUGACCGCAUAUAAUCAUGAGGAAGCCCACUGGGGACCGGGGCCUCCUAACACGGAAUGGGCUGGCUGGCCAGACCGCGUUCCUCAGACCACCCUUUAAGUUAAGUAUUAGACUGUCCCCUUUCUCUGGGCUACAGCUCUUGGAAUUCCUUUUGUGUACAGUGUAAAUCUUUUUCUCUUUAUAAACUUUAUAAUAGAAGAAUUGUAUCAUGUUGAUAACGGAUGAACUAGGCUUUAGCAUUUGGAUAUCAAUCCAUUGUAGUGUCUACUCUGUAUCGCCACUAUUCUGUGUUAUACGAUACUGGAAAAAUAAAUUCAGGUAUAUUUUUCACA